AUGGCGCCCUCGCUGGAUCAGGCGAUCCGGAGACGAUGGUGGAUGGCCUGCACGGCGGUGGUGGAGAACCUGGGGUUCUCUGCCGUGCUGCUGGGGUGGGGAUCUCUGCUCAUCAUGCUGAAGGGCGAGGGCUUCUACUCGCACCUCUGCUCAGGAAAUGAGACGGAGCCGGCGGUGGCGGCGGCGAGUAACGGAAGCAGCGACGGUGAGGAGGAGUGGCCGAGCUGCGUGGAGCAGGAGGAGAUGCUGAACCUGGGCUUCACCAUCGGCUCCUUUCUUCUGAGCGCUGCCACACUGCCACUGGGCAUCCUGAUGGACCGGUACGGGCCCCGCCCGCUGCGCCUCACCGGGAGUGCGUGUUUUGCUCUCUCCUGUGCCAUGAUGUCUGUAUCAGCGUAUCAGCCCAACGCUCUCUCGGCCCUCAUCUUCCUGGCUCUCUCCCUGAACGGUUUUGGAGGAAUCUGUUUGACCUUCACGUCUCUUACGCUGCCCAACAUUUUUGGGAACCUGAGCUCCACGGUCCUGUCGCUGAUGAUCGGCUCCUACGCUUCAUCUGCCGUGACCUUCCCUGGAGUCAAGCUGGUGUACGACGCGGGCGUGUCCUUCACCGUGAUCAUGUGGGUUUGGGCUGGACUGGCGUCUCUGGUGUUCCUGAACUGUUUCCUGAACUGGCCGGUGGAGGCGUUCCCCACGCCCGAGGAGAUGGACCAGAGGAAGAAGACACGCCCAGGAAACGACUCUCACAAACACGCCCUCACCUCACUGGAGAAAACAGAGGAUCAACUGGAUCACUCAGCCAACACCACAACAGAUCCGGUCCCAAACACCACCACCUCGGUUCCGUUCCGUCGCUCCGUCUUCUCGCCCAUCUUCCUCUGGAGCCUGGUGACCAUGGGCAUGUCUCAGCUCCGCAUCAUCUUCUACAUGGGAGCCAUGAACAAGAUGCUGGAGUUCAUGGUCACGCAUGGAGACCCUCACCCCUCUGAGGAACUGCAGCUGGACGCAGAAGAGAAAGUGAGUCUCUACUCGUACAUCUUUGGGACUCUGCAGCUCCUCUGCUUGGUCACCUGCCCGCUGAUCGGCUACAUCAUGGACUGGAAGAUGAAGGAACGUGAGGAGCCAAAAGUUCCUGGAGGAGCUGGAAGCUCCACCAACAAACCGAAGCGCGACAGAAAGAUCCAGAAGAUCACAAACGCCAUGAGAGCUUUCAGCCUAACCAACCUGCUGCUCAUCCUGUUCGGCAUCACAUCACUCAUCGACAACCUCCCACUACAGAUCCUGACCUUCAUCCUGCACACCAUGGUCAGAGGAUUCAUCCACUCCUGCUGUGGAGGACUGUACGCUGCUGUGUAUCCGUCUAACCACUUCGGGACCCUGACCGGCCUGCAGUCCACCAUCAGCGCCGUGUUCGCCCUGCUGCAGCAGCCGCUCUUCAUGGCCAUGGUGGGGCCCUUAAAGGGAGACCCGUACUGGAUUAACCUGGUCCUGCUGAUCUUCUCCCUGUCCGGCUUCCUCUUGCCGGGUUACCUGUUCUACCACCGCCGGCGCCUGGUGCGGGACAGAGCGGCACGGCAGGACGUCUCCGAGGGCCAGACUCUCACCCAAUCAGAAGCCAACGGCAUCAACAGCCACGCCCUGUAGAGGCCUAGACCCUGCUCUUACUUUCCGUGUUAGUUUAGGCUGCGUUCACAAACCGAAACAACA